GAAGAGAAUCGCCAAGCACAAUUCCUAGCGUUGGCAGUAACGUAUUUGCUAUCCGUGUUGAUGGUGUCCAGAUACCGCGAUAUACUCGAACCGCCUUCGACACCAUCGCCAUUCUUCGAUACCACAAAAGCUGGAUUCGUUGCACGCACUAGUUGUUAG